AUGAAGUUAACGACUAGUCUGACACAGGCCCUGGGCCUGUUGGUCUCAUUCGGUGCAGCCGUCGAGGGUAAAGAGAAAUACUCUCGAACCGAGGCAUGCCAUCCAAACCACCCACUCAAGCCCCUUCCUGCUAGUCAGCCCCGAACUCGUACUUGUCAUGUAGCCAACCACGGGCAUGGGAAGGACGACUCGGCGAAUGUGCUGUCGGCACUGAAGAAGUGCAACAAUGGUGGAAAGGUUGUUUUCGAUGCCGACAAGACAUACACCAUCGCGAAAGCACUCGAUAUGACGUUCUUGAAGCACGUCGACUUGGAGAUCCAAGGUCAUGUUCAAUUCAGCAAUGAUACGGACUACUGGCAGGCAAAUGCUUUUAAGCAAAUCUAUCAAAAUGCUACCACUUUCUUCCAGCUCGGUGGUGAAGAUGUCAACAUGUACGGUGACGGCACCCUUGAUGGCAACGGACAGGUCUGGUAUGAUUUGUAUGCCGAGGACGCUAUGAUUCUGCGUCCCAUCUUGAUGGGUGUCAUUGGACUCAAGGGAGGUACCAUUGGACCCUUGAACCUUCGAUACUCGCCCCAGUGGUAUCAAUUCGUGGCCAACUCGUCCGAUAUCCUUUUCGAUGGCAUUGAUAUCACUGGUUUCAGCAGCAGUUCUCAUGUGGCUAAGAACACUGACGGAUGGGAUGUCUACCGGUCGUCGAACAUUGUCAUCCAGAACUCCGUGAUCAAUAACGGUGAUGACUGUGUUUCGUUCAAGCCUAAUGUGACCGAUAUCCUGGUCCAGAACUUGCACUGCAACGGCUCGCAUGGCAUUUCAGUCGGCUCUCUCGGACAAUACCCUGGCGAGGUUGAUCUUGUGCAAAACGUCUUGGUAUACAACGUGUCCAUGUUCAAUGCCUCGGACGGUGCUCGUAUCAAAGUAUGGCCCGGCAUCUCCUCUGCGCUCUCAACCGAUCUUCAAGGCGGCGGUGGAUCCGGCCUUGUGAAAAACAUCACUUUCGAUGGAAUGACCAUUGAUAAUGUCGACUAUGCCAUUGAGGUCACACAGUGCUAUGGCCAAAAGAACUUGACUCUCUGCAAUGAGUAUCCCAGUAACCUUGCUAUUGAGGAUGUUUAUUUCAAGAAUUUCAAGGGUGUCACCUCGGGCAAAUAUGACCCCAACGUCGGCACUAUCGUUUGCUCCAGCCCUGAGGUUUGCUCGAACAUCAAUGCCAGUAAUAUUGAUGUCUCCAGUCCUGACGGUGACGACCAAUUUACUUGCACCAAUGUCGAUAAUGCUCUUUUGGAUGUCAACUCUGCUAAACACCCAUCUUUGGAUCCAAAACCAGCAGAGAUGAACGCUGAACAAUUGAGAAUCAUCAGACCGACAAACGGUCCACAACAUGCCUCAUUUGUUUCGCUCCAUCAUGACACCUACCCACACAUCAUACCUACAGGAACAGAGCUAGCCGGGCGGUCUAUCCUCAUAACAGGGGCCUCCAAGGGAAUCGGCCGAGCGAUGUCGAUCCGCUGUGUCAAGGCUGGGGUAGCAAAGAUCGCAAUCACCGCCCGUUCCUCACUCGAAGAAGUAGUGCAAGAGCUGAAGGCCGAAGCCGCGAACUCGAAUCUCCCCGAACCUCAGAUCCUCCCGGUCCAGAUGGACGUAACUUCCAAGGAGUCAGUCGAGGCCGCCUCGAAAGUCAUCCAGCUUUCAUUCGAGGGAAAACUAGACAUCCUCGUCAACAACGCCGGCUACCUACCAGAUAUGACGCGCGUUGUGGAAAGCGAUCCAGAUGAGUGGGUGAAGGGGUGGGAUGUAAACAUGAAAGGCCCAUUUCUAUGCUGCCAUUACUUGCUUCCUAUGGUCUUGGCAUCUGAGUUGAGAACGAUCAUCAACCUUUCGUCGGUCGGUGCUCACUGUGCCAUGUCUGGUGGAUCAGCGUAUCCAAAUGCGCGGUUCGCACUCUGUCGGUUUACGGAGAUUGUCGCCGCUGAGCAUGAGGAGGAAGGACUUAUUGCGAUUGCUUUGCACCCUGGUUCGAUCAUGACGGACAUGGGGAACCAGCUUCCUGAGAUUUAUGAUGGUUUGCUUGUCGAUGCUGUGGAGCUUCCAGCAGACACUGUUAUAUGGCUUUCGAGAGAGCGUCGGGAGUGGUUGAAUGCUAGGUUUGUCUGGGGGAAUUGGGAUAUGAAGGAGUUGGAGUCGAAAAAGGAUGAGAUCGUUGAGAGAGAUCUUUUCAAGUUCCGGAUUACGCUGUGA